CAUCAGCACAAGGUGUAUUGUGGAGCUGUACCAGACACAGUCCUCAGCCAAGCAAUCUGACGGUGGAUACAAAGAAUUCUUUUACUUUUUUUGCACAAGGAGAAAGGUGCUGAGUGGAGAUCUGAAGAGUUUACUUGAGGUGAUGGGCAGUGCUGGUCGGCGACUGACCAUGCUGCAGCAGAACCGAACUGCCUUUGAGGAUGCAAUACUCACCAACCUGGAGAAACCUGGUCACCCAAAGGGUCUUGAGUGGACCAUGGUAGAACCAUCCAGUAACCCCUCAACACCUGAACGGACACUGCCUGUCUAUUUGUCCUAUUUCGACAUGUUGCUAACGGAAGACUAUGCAUGGCUGUCUAAGGGGCUAGUGGAGCGGCCAGAGACUGACCACAUCAUGAAGAUUGAGCCGCACAAAGAGCCAGAACAAUGCCCCAUAGUGGACAGUCAGGAGCUGUGUGUACCCACAGAGCUGGACUAUCAGAACAGUGUCCACUUUGAAGAAAGGUCACUAGAACAGGUUCAGACGAUGGUGGUUGGCGAAGUUCUCAAGGAGAUAGAAACAGCUUGUAAGCUACUAAACAUUGCAGCAGAUCCAAUAGAAUGGAGUGCGGGCAAUGUUCAGAAGUGGAUUCUAUGGACAGAGCAUCAGUACCGACUGCCGCAAAUUGGGAAAUCUUUCCAGGAGCUCAGUGGCAAGGACCUGUGUUCCAUGUCAGAGGAGGAGUUCAGACAGAGAUCACCAAUGUGCGGUGAUAUUUUGUAUGCACACCUGGACAUCUGGAAAUCUGCUGCCUGGAUGAAAGAGAAGUCAUCACCAGGAGAGAGCAGAUAUAAUGGUAACAUGCUGCUCACAACGUCUGAACAUUCUAUCUGCAGUGAUGAAGGAUGGAUGGACACAGAGGCAGACUCCUCCUGCUCUGGGCAACCCAUCCAUCUUUGGCAAUUUCUGAAGGAACUGUUGCUGAAGCCACAGAACUAUGGUCGAUUCAUUCGUUGGCUGAACAAAGAGAAAGGCAUAUUUAAGAUUGAAGAUUCUGCACAGGUUGCCAGGCUAUGGGGAAUCCGGAAGAACCGACCAGCAAUGAACUAUGACAAGCUAAGCCGUUCUAUCCGGCAAUAUUAUAAAAAGGGGAUUAUCCGGAAGCCUGAUGUAUCACAGCGUUUGGUGUACCAGUUUGUACACCCUGUAUGAGGAGAGGAAGGGACGAUUCAGAAGCUUAGUGAUGUUCACCUCCCUGAACAGGUGACUGGAAAUGUCUGAACAUCGAAGGCCCAAAGCUUGCCUGAAGUUUCAGGAUGUGUCUUGCAUACACACUGCCUGCCUGUAUUUGCAUUUCGCAACUCCUUUCAGAUUGGUUUUCAAUUUAUUCUGGUAGUCGGAACACACUCUUUUUUCCGGCUGUUGCCCAACCCCCACACCAAGAUUGGGUUCACUCAUUGUGAAAUCUGGUAACCCAUUAAAAUCCUGAAGUCAUGUGAUCACAUCUGAACCUUAUUUUCUUUCUCGUUACCCUGGUCCUGUUCCAUGAUUUGAAACACAGCUUUCCGAUUAACAUUUCGGUGGCCCAUAUGGUUUUUCCGUAGCCUGGGGCUUCACUGUGAAGGUCCAGGGUUUUAUUUCUGUCUUAAAUAACAAUCCUGUGUAAUUAAAAACCUAAUUAAGGCAUAGGUGUCAUUUUAUUGGUUCUCACUAGGGCAGGCACUGGAGAUCCAGCAGGUGUGGCCUAGACAGUGGAAAGUGUCGGGACAGCAAUUAGAUUUCUGUCCUCAGAAAAAGUCUUUAAAAAAUUAUUCACAACCAAAUAUUUCACUGAUGUAACUACAGCGGCUCCUUGAACAAGUUUCUGUAAAGCACCAAUGAAAUUAUAGCAGUUCAUCACACUUAACCAAAGUUUCACCUUUUGCUCCCCCUAUUUCUAUCAGUGGGAGAGAGUAACAAUGUGUGUUGCUGAUUCUUAGUGCCAAGAAUUGGACAUGUGCCCGUACAGACUGAUUUCAACUUUAUGUGAAUGCACUGGCUAAAAUUAAGCACAUUGUGUAGCACAAGUAAACAUCAUUGGCCCCAAUUAGACUAUGUCAAUGUUGCUGCCCCACAGAAGCCUCUCUCCCCUCACCCAGCUCCAACCUCAUUAUUCAUCCAGUUUUAUGAAUAUCUUUCUAUUCUUUUCUCCUUUGCAUUUAUCUAGCUCUCCUAUAAAUACAGUUAUGCAGACAAACUUCACAUCUUGUGAUAGCACAUUCUUAUCAUGCUUUAGGAUAAUACAUUUCUCCCAAAUUCCUUUUGAAUUUUUUUAUGACUUGCAUUUUUGUAACACCCAAUUUUGUGUUUGUUUUUAAUAUAUUCAGCUGCCCAGGGCCUAUUCCUGGGAUUCCUCCAGAAACCCCUCUGUCUGUCUCUAUUUUCUUUAAUACACCUCCACAGAACCAACCUUUUUGACUAAGCAGUUGGCCAACUGCCCUGGUAUUGUUAUAUAUGGCUUAACAUUGAAUUUUGCUUUCUAACAUUCUACUAUACCCCACUGGCAGGAUCUAUUAAAGGAAAGUUGGUAUACACAUUUUUUUUUUCGAACAUAGAACAUAGAACAAUACAGCGCAGAACAGGCCCUUCAUAUUCCUACAGCUCUCUAUUGUUUGUAGACUCCUCAACCUCUUUAUCCCAUUUAAAUGUUUCUUAUACAAAGGGUAUGUGGCCUCCUUAUUCUUCCUAUCACAAUAUACCAACUCACAUUUAUCAACAUUCGCCAAGUAUAUGCCCACUCUAUGAGCUUAUAAACAUCUUUUGUAAUUUUUUGCCGUCUUCCUCAAUAUUAACUGUCGCCCCAAAUUUAGUGUCAUGUACAAAUUUUGAAAUUGCACUUCCAAUUCCUAAGUCCAAACAUUAGCCACAACAGUGGUGUUCAUGCCAAAUCCCUUGGAACAGCACUUUCUAUCUUUUGCUAGCUGAAUAGUGACCUUUAACCCUCAUUUCUGAGCCAUAGCUAGCUUGUUAUUCACUCUGCUCUUUAUCUGCUAACUACAUAUGGCCUGAUCAUAGUCAUGAGUUCACAAACUUGUGAAACUUAGAGAGCAAAUACAUUACAUUAUUACAUUACUCUGGUCUACUCUUUGUAUUACUUCAGUCAGAUUGGUUCAAUAUGACUAUCCUCAGUUUCUGGUGUUUUGCUAUUAUAUCGUUGAAGAAAGAUUCUCUUAGCUUUCACUCCAACUCUGUUAAGCAAUCUACCUUUUAGUGUCCUAGGCCUAUUCUAUUUAUAGCUGCUCAUUUUUAACUACGUAUGUAAAAAGCCAUGACAAUGUUCUGCAGUCAUGAGGAAGGUUUUGGACAGAUGCGUCUGAAUUCUGAAAUGUUCCGAGUUACAGCAGCAUUCCCUACUCUUGCAAAGGAAGGAUGAAAAAUUUGAGCAAGACCAAAUUUAUCUGGCUGAUUACCUGCUGUCAAAUAUAGUCACAAAGGAAUCUGAACACAUCGAUGAACAAACCAGAAACACACUCCCUGAUAGAGGGAGAAGUUCAAGGACCAAAAUUGACAAAAUACAUACAUGCAAUGAGAAAUAAUAUUGAGAGUAGGCAAAUUGUGUAGAUGUUGAAAUGAUAAAAAUGGCCUAAGAUAGAUGAUCUACAGCAUCAUUUGCAAAGUUUGGCUGAGUGCCUUAAGCACUGCAGAAUAAAAAUACCCAUUUAUUGAAUGGUACAUCAAGUGAAAACCUCAUUACACUGUAGCAGUGCAUUGAUGGAGGCUGGUUUAUGCUUCUAAAAUUCCAUGUGCUGAGUUUCUAAUCACAGUUUCACAGUAGUGUGGAGAUGAAGUACGGUAUAAGGUUCUUCACCAGUAAAUCAAACACAGUCAUUCUCAUUAAUAUGUUGCUCUCAGCUUCGGAAAAACAUUGGCUGUAAAACCUGCUGGUUGAUGAAGAGUGUAAAAUGGAUAGGGGCCUGUGUAAGAAUUGGAUUCCACAAAUGGAGUGUUUGAUACUAAACUGAAAUUCUCCAAUCCUACGUAAAGUGGUACUUUCAAGCAGAUAGAAUACAAAGUCUAGUACGUAACCUGGGAGACAAGAGGUGCCACUCAUUUUCAAAAUGAUAAUCUUUAUGAGAUCAUAGAAUCCCUACAGUAUGGAAGCAAGCCAUUCAGUCCAACAAAUGCACAUCAGCCCUCCAAGAACAUUCCACCCAGUUACACACCCCUACCCUACCCCUGUAACCCUGCAUUUCCCAUGGCUAAUCCUCCCAGCCUGCACAUCCUUGGACACUAUGGGCAAUUUAGCAUGGCCAAUCCACCUAACCUGCUUUUGAAUUGUGGGUGGAAACCAGAGAACUCGGAUAAAAUUGUCACACUAAGAUUUAAAUUCCUAAAUGUCUUUAUUGGAGUGGCCUAUUAAAGGCUUAAUGUAGAGCACAAUCCAUGUGACACAUUACUAUUAAAUGCAAUAUUUAUCAUGUUAUUGAAAAUAUAUCAAAUACAAUAUCAUGUAUAUUGAUGUAAAGAAGGCAUGACAUUGGACCAAAACCCAUUUCAGUCUGAAGGUAAUGCCAGUGAAACUGUUCAUAACAUCCUCUGAACCCACAAUGCCACCUUCAUCUCCCCACACACUCCCCCCAACCUUCACUUGACUAACCCAGAAAGGUGGGACCAAUGCAAUAGUUUCUAAGACAUCCACCAUUGACUAAUGAUAAGAUCAGGAGAACGCAGGGAAAUUGUACCAUUUUGCCAUGUAUGCACAUUUCUUUCUUUCCAGUUGGACAUCAAAAGCUGCCUCCACAAAUCAACAAAUUACAUUCUUUGAUUGGACAAUUAAAUUAAAAGAAAUGAAAUCAAAACAUGUCAGAAUAAUCUGCGAUUAUAUUAGAUUCAUUGUUGAUUGGGGUGGACUUUCACGGAUUUCAAGAACAUUGAGGAAACGCCUCUUGCUGUGGUUUCUGGGCACAUACUUUCCAUCACAGAUAAGUCAAUAAUGAACCUUCCCCAAUUCUAGUUUACUUUUGUUUGCAUUGAUACAGUUUGCUAUAGAACAAUGACUAAGCCUACUUUUGGCCAUAUCGGUCAACUGAGUAGGACCGUAAUAAUCUUCAUUUGACCAUCAUAUACAUUAGUGAAGUCUAAUGGAGUAUAAGGGGGAUAAUAAAGUGAGAGUGGAUUCUGUUUGAAUGUAACUUGAAGAGUGUUCAGAUUUUACUGAAUUAUCCCAAACACUUGGUCAUGUAGCUAUGACAUUAAACAAUCCUUAGUUAAUGGGAGAAAAUGAUUAUCAGAUUCUUCUUUAAUGAUAAUAAAACACAAUUGGUCUAAAUACCAGCAUCAACUUAGAAGUCAUUAUGCUCUUUGAACUGCUGCUGGUUAUCCUGAUCAGGGUCCAUCAGAAGACUACAACUGAACACGGUCAGGUUAAAUUGUAUCUAAAUGUUGUUCACAUUCCACUGGGGUAAGUUACUGUUCACACUGCCUAAAUACUGCUUUUUUUUUUGGAAAGCAGGUUCAGUCUUUUUUUUAAAAAGGGCACUCACUAUUUGUCUUGUAAUUUUCUGCACUUCAGACUAAUAUGGAGACUGCAAAAACUGUUUAUUUAUGAGGUUUUAACUAAGAACAAUGUUUUUGUAGCAUUAUAGAUACAUUCAGUUUAGAGUGAUUAUUAAAUCCUUUCCUGCCUUGUACUUGGGUGGUAUUGAUUGGGGGGACUGGCAAGGGGGUGAUAAUAAUGGAAAUGUUUACACAAAUUGGAAUGCAAAAUUCUGAUGCUUUCCAAUUAAUGACUAUUGAGAACAAAAUGGAAAUUUAGGGGACUCUGAAUCGCACUUAAUCCACAUUUGGCAUUUUCACAGGAUGCAAAAUGUGCAAGAGAUCUCCUUCUCCCCAAUCUGCACCCCUCACCUAUAAUUAAUACCCUACCCCCAAUUCCAUAAUAAAUAUGCUUCUGUUCUUUCCUUGAAUUAAGGUGCACUGUCAUUUAAAGAAUAGUAAACUGAUCCAAAAUUCCAAACUUUGUUUCAAAAUUCUUUUACUGAUGUUGGUCACACCAAUCAUGGUGAAGCACCUUUAUUCUUGUCAACAGCAACACUAACCUGUAAGAACUUAAUUCUUUCUUUCCCUCUUUCAAUUUGCUUCUUACCAGAAGUUUGGAUUGUAGCCAGUGAAGUGCUGCCACGUUGUGCUUGUUUACAAAUCACAGUGGGUUUUGUGGCUCUUUUCAAAAUGAAUCCAUUAUGUUAGUGGCUGGCAGAACAGAAUGCAUAUUCCCAAAAGGAAAAUGUUUCUGAGCAAAAGCUUUAAAAAAACUCUUCUGUUGCCAGUGACCUACUUUUAGGAUGAACUUGGAGAAGAGCUCCCUUUAGGUAGUGAUAAUCGUCACUACCAGGGUGAUGAGUGUAUUGCUUUAUUCGGGGUCAGUAUUGGUCACACCCAGUGGUUUGGGAAGGGAAGUUACCCAGGAUUGUCUGGAUUUAUUUGACAUUGUGCCAGGUUUUAGCUCUGAUAAUCCAUUAUUUCCCUCUCUUUCACUGAAGCCUGAAGAUGGAGUCAAUUAACAACGACACACAAAAGUAUGCAUGCCUACAAUUUGCUUUGUAGCUAAGAGUGUGGUCUUGUAGGUCAAUAGGAGGAGCAAUAGUACAUAGUUUUAUUUAAAAGAAGGUAUUAUAUUCAAAAUCCAUCCAUCUGGUAUUACUGAAGGAGUUUUGGCAGAUUUAUAAACAUAUGGAGUACUCAGUAAAGAAUUCUGGCCCAAUGGGGAAUAAAUAAAAUUGUUUAACUAAUAUUAGCUGAGUUGUACAGUAGGUUACCAGGGAAGGCUAAUAAAUUUGACAGUACAAAUCAGAUCAAAGGGAAAUGAAAUACAUUUGUAGAAAAUGCAAGUCUUAAUAAAUUGCCUCAGUGGGGAAAAUUGAUCUAUGAAAAAGGGAUUUUGUGUUAGAAUUUAUGACCUUUUCUUAAAAGAUUCUCAGCUAAAAUUUCCUUGCAGUUUGCUUGCAUGAAAGGUGGAGAUAGUGAGAGUUAAAGUCAUAGUGUUUUAGAGGUCAACGGCAUGGAAGCUUAGCCAACAUGCCCAUACCACCCAGUUUUCAGAAUUAAAUUAGUCCCAUUUCCUUGCAUUUGGUCCACAUCCUACCAUAUCCAUCCACAUACCUGUCUAACUAUUUCUUAAAUGAAAAAUUGGAUUGUUCCAAUACAGCCCCCAUUCCUCCUAAACUGGCCACUUCUAACUUCCAUGAAAUGAUUCCUCUCAGGCCAAACACAGAGCAUUUGUGCAUCAACAUUUGUUGGUGAAUAUCAGCCCAAAACUGCUUAAAAAGUGAAACCAAUUCCUGUCAACAGUUUUGUUCUCAAAAAUCUAGUAAAAAUUCCACAUGAUAAAAAAAACUUACAAUGAGGUUAUCGCACUGCAAAAUGGGUACUUUUGAAUCAUUGUAUGAAACUGGGAUCAAAGUCACUGAAUGGGGAAUGGUGUUGAUUUAUAAAUGAAGUGAGGUUUGAUGAAUAUUAGAUUUUUAAUAUUUUCUUUCAACAUGUCAGUUUUUGUUUGUUUGAUA